GCAGUAAUUUUCACUCUGGUAUGUAAAGUGUAGAAUGACAUGACACUGAAUUAAAAUUAUUUUUUGCGUUAAGAACACUAAACGAAUGGCCGAGUUGUUUCUGCAUUGCAUAUUUUCAAUAAAACGGUGUUAUUUAUUAUCCAUUUUCAAUACUUUGUGAUUGUUUCAACUCCAACGUUUUCUUGCUAUCGUAAUUUCAACCAAAAUUGUGUUAGUGACUUACAAAAAUGUUAUACCUCAACGUCGAUACGGACUGCAGUUCAUUGCCUUAUGUAAAACUUGAAAUAGUGUUUCUUCCGUGAGUGACCGAAAUAUACGGUGACUUAUGUGUUUAGUGUAAUUGUUUAGAUUUUAUGGUGAUCAAAGUGUCAAAAUGUCGAAUUCUACCGCUCAAGUGCUCAUGAAGAAGGGUAAAAGGGGUGCAGCCGCAUACAUACACGCGGACUGUGAGAAUGGAUCCCCACAGCAUUUGGGUCCGUUGCUGGACGUACUGCUGAACCCUAGCAAGGCCAUUGACGAGUGGGAGACCAUUGACUGGUGCCGCUGGCUGUUAGCCGGCGGGAGAACGCCGGACGAGUUCGCAACUAUUGUCCGGAGUUACGACAAACAUGACAAAUGCGGUCUAGUAUGGAUACCGCGUGUUGUCGCGUAUCGAUGUCGCACGUGCGGCAUCUCUCCCUGCAUGUCGAUAUGUCGGGAGUGCUUCCACCGCGGCGACCACUCCACACACGACUUCAACAUGUUCCUGUCGCAGGCUGGAGGUGCUUGCGACUGUGGAGACAAAUCCGUCAUGAAGGAGGAUGGAUUUUGCAGCAACCACGGCAACAAAUGUACUCGCCCGGGAGACGUGCCCGCAGCUCUCAUGUGCGUCGCAGAAGCAAUGAUGCCGCGACUCAUUCUUCGUUUGCUACAACAUUUCAGAGAGAACAGUUGCGGGUCACAGACGACGUCAGAUAGCUACAGGAUCACAGUGCAGGAGUGCGAGGGCUACGUCAAGAUGCUGAUGGAGUUCAACAACAUGGGCGACCUCAUGCGCUCCGCCAUGACCAAGGCGCUUAUUAACCCACAGAUGUACCGCAACCUGGUGGAGCCACCGUUCCCAGACACAGAGUACGGCUGCUACAUGGCAGAAUCCAAUAAGAUGUAUGAGAAAGCGCUAGAAAUGUUCCCGGCGCCAGAACCGCCUGACGAGUAUCGUCAUUUACCAGCUCUAGCCCCCCGGCUGCAACACAACACACUGCUGGACGAGUUCAUAUUCUGGACGUUCAAGUACGAGUUCCCGCAGAACGUGGUGUGCUUCCUGCUGAACAUGCUCCCCGACCAGGACUACAAGGAGCACCUCACGCGCACCUUCGUGCUGCACUACGCGCGCAUCCCGCUGGUGCUGGAGGAGGCGGCCGACCCCGACACGCUCAGUAACCGCGUCGUGCACAUGUCCGUGCAGCUGUUCUCCAACGAGGCGCUGGCGCUGCGCUGCGUGCAGCAGCUGCACCUGCUGCACGUCAUGGUGCUGUCGCUGCGCCUCAUGAUGGGCAAGAUCCUCGUGCAGAACUCGCUGCACGACCCCGAGCACAACUUCCACUACGUCAUCGACUGCACGCGCCGCGUCAUGAAGGAGCACUGCUACUGGCCGCUCGUGUCGGACUUCAACAACGUGCUGUCGCACAAGAGCGUGGCGCUGCUGUUCCUGCAGGACGACGCGCUCGUGGACAUGUGGUUCGAGUUCCUGUCCAUGCUGCAGGGCAUGAACGUCAACGUGCGCGAGGUGGGCGGCCACAUCGAGUUCGAGCCGUCGUCGUACUACGCGGCCUUCUCGUGCGAGCUGGAGGCGGCGGCCUACCCCAUGUGGUCGGUGCUGUCGCACCUGACGGAGCCGGCGCACGCCCCGCUGGCGCGCCGCAUGCUGGCCGCCGCGCUCACCUACCUGCAGGACUGGCUCGACGCCGUGCACUUCACCACGCCGCACAUGGAGCGGACGGAGGUGAUGCAGGCGUCGUUCCACUUCCCGCUGCACCGCUACCUGGCCGCGUUCCUAUGCGCUGGCGUUCGCUGCAUGGGGCUGCGCGCCGCCGACGUGCUGCCGCCGCCCGACCUGCUGGCGCUGCUGGCCGUGCAUCCGCUGCGCGUGCAGAGUUUGUUCUACGAGAUACUAGCAGGCGUGUGGGUGCGCAAUGGCCUGCAAAUCAAGGGGCAAGCCAUGACCUACAUCCAGGCGAACUUCUGCAACUCCAUGGUGGACAUGGACAUCUACUGGCUGCAAGUAUGCGCCGCGCAUCUACCAGCCGACCAGUUCCUCGACAUGUGCAUUGAUAUGUUUGGAUGCCGCGAGUGGCUGAGUAUGAUGCCGAUGUCUCCUGCCCAGGCGGCGGAGCAGGACGCCAUGGUGGAAGGUCUGCUCACCUUCCUCGCAAUACUAGUGUCUUCUAGAACUAACCUAGGUAAUGACGAGUUAACGCAGUCGCGGCUCGAAGUGAGCACGUUACUGGCCGCGGGCGACAAGACGCACUCGCAACUACUCGAACUCAUGCCCGAGAGAUCUGGCAACGCACACACUAGAAAUUUUGAAACUGUUCUCAAAGAGUUGUCAACAUACCGUCCACCGCCAAAAGGCUCCGAAAACUUGGAGCAAGGACUAUUCGUGCCGAAGCCUAUCGUAUGGGAGCAGUACUACGAUCCACUACAUGUAUUACGUCGAGCUGUGCACCGGAGGGACUUCCACGCGUCCAUGGAGCGGUUCACUACUUAUGUGCGCGAGAAGCAGAAGUCGGAAGGCACGCCAGAGAGCACGUCGCGCGCCAGCGGCGUGCUGUGGCCCCCGCUGCGCGGCGCGGGCCCGCCGGCGGGCGGCGCGGGCGGCGCGGGCGACCCGCGCGCGCUGUGCGCGUCCGGCGUGCUGCACGGCGCGCUGCUGGCCGUGCUGCACCGCGGCGUGCACCGGCGCGCGCCCGACGCCGCCGCGCCGCACGCGCCGCCCGACCACGUGCUGGCGCUGGCCACGUACCUGCUGGGCGUGGCGGCCGACCUGCUGGCCGAGCGCGCGCAGCAGUGCCUGGGCGACGUGGCCGUGGCCGAGCCGGCGCGCGCCGCCGUGUCGGGCGUGCCGCUGCUGGGCGCCUUCGCGGGCGGCGCCGUCUGCGACAACGCGCGCACCGUCGUGGGCAGCGUGCCCGCGCGCCCGCCGCGCGCGCCGCGCCACGCCUUCCCCGCGCACUACACGCCGCACCACCACUCCGACAGUACGCGCCCACUUCCCUGUCCUCGUCCCGCGCCCCCUGACCGUGCUCUACAACUCGCUCGUGCUGCAGGUGACACGGAGUGGGAGCCGUCGGAGACAGAGACCACGCGGAUACCGCUCCUCACUACGUCGACAUCGCUGCCCGCCACGAGCACUGCGCUAGCUGUACCCACAUCUUUACAGGUGGCUCGCGGUGACUCAAUGACAGAUGACCAAUCAGAUGGUGGCGGUGACGCGCCACAAAUACGAGCAUUAGAGGAUGUAUCAGAUGAUAGCCAAGCACUAGCGCUACAGACAUUCGACGAGGAGAUGAGCCUUGCCAUAGCAACCUCUUCCGACCUGGACACGCCGCCUGUACCUAUCGAAUACGGAGACGGCCCCUACUUCAUCGGCGGCGUACUGCGCAAGUUGGCGGCGCUGGACGCGCGCUGCGGGGCCGCCAUCGCCCACGUGCGCCACUCGCUCUGGCCGCACCAGCGCGAGCGACAGGCCGAGCAGCGCGCGCGAGAGCGUCGCGAAAAAGAAGAGCGAUCCCGUCGCGCUCGGGAACGUCAGGCACAAGUAAUGAGGGACUUCCAACGUCGGCAACAGCAGUUCAUGUCGUCCAUGCACGGGCUGGACGAGCCGGGCGCCAUGGACUGGGACGAGGACGCGCUGCCCAAGGACUACGACUGCGAGUCGUGGCUGGUGUCGGUGUGCGUGGGCUGGGAGGGCGGCGUGCACGUGCAGUCGUGCGGGCACCACCUGCACCUGCGCUGCCUGCACGCGUACCUGCGCGCGCUGCAGGCCCCGCAGCGGCCGCACAACCUGCACGUGGAGCGCGGCGAGUUCCUGUGCCCCGUGUGCCGCCAGCUCGCCAACUGCGUGCUGCCGCUGGCGCCGCGCCCCGCGCGCCCGGCGCCGCGCCCGCCGCGCCCCGCCGCCGCGCGCCUGCAGGACCUGCUCGACCAGGACCACCCGCCGCCGGCCCCCAGUCGACUAUCAGAGGCGAUGGGUAAAGCGAUGGAGGACAUGACGGCAACAGCGGGCGGCAAGCUGAAGCAGCGCUAUGGAUCGUCCCCGGCCGCCAUCUUUACGUUCGUGGCGUCCCUGGUGCGCACCAACCUGGAGUGCGAGCUGGUGCAGCGCGGCGGCACGCUGCAGACAUGCGUCGCGCCGCGGUACAAGCUGCGCAACGAGUGCAUCGUGCCGCUACUGGUGGUGGCGGGCGCCCACUCGCGCGUGCUGGCGUCGGCGGGCGCCGGCUUCGGCGCCGCCGAGGCCUGGCGGCUACUGGCGCCCGGGGACGAGGCGGCGGGGGCCGCGGGCGCCGCCGUGCUGUCGGGCGCGCCGUCCGCCCGCCCCGUGCCGCUACUGCUGCGGGACCCGCUGGCGCUGUUGAUGCACUUCCUACUUCUGGCGCCGCCGACGCCGCCGUACCUGGACAUGGAGGAGUUCACGUGCAUCGUGCGCGUGCUGUACUCGCUGAGCUACUACCAGGUGGUGUGCCAGCUCAUCGCGGGCUACAGCGCGGAGGGCCGCGCCGCGCUGCUGGGCGGGCCGCGGGGCGCGGAGCCCGCCGGCCUGCGCCCCGCCGCGCGCCUGCUACUGGCCGCGCUGGCCGGCUCCGACCUGUUCACGGAGGACGGCCCGCCCGCACCCGGCCCGCACGAGCUGCCCGACCUACACGCCAUGGAGAAACAGGUGCAAGACCUCCUCCUGCCGUUCCUACGUAUCUCAGCAUUACUCCGUCACCACCUGUACGGUAGCGAGCUACCAGAAGUAUCGACCCCGCGGCAAGAAUUCGUCCGACUGGCAUAUUAUCUGGAGCUGGUGACCGAGGGCAUGGAAUGGAGCGAGUGGUCUGCUGGACGAGCACUCUGUCCGGACUCCGCCACUGCAGCCCGGGCCUGGGCCAGGCAACUAGGGGCUGCGGCAUCUAGAGGACAGCUAGCGGUCCGGCGCCUGCUGCGGUCGAUGGCGGUGGAGUGGGUGCAGCCGGGGCUGCUGGCGCUGCCGCGCGACUACGACCGCCUGUUCACGUACUACCACGAGCGCGUGUGUCUGCAGUGCGGCGCCGUGCCCAAGGAGGCCAGCGUCUGUCUGCUCUGCGGGACGCUCGUCUGUCUCAAGCAGCCCUGCUGCAGGCAGCACCAGGUGGCCGAGGCCGUGCAGCACGCGAUGGAAUGCGGUGGCGGUACGGGUAUAUUCCUGGUGGUGACGUCGACAUACAUCAUCGUCAUCCGCGGCCGCCGCGCAUGUCUCUGGGGUUCGCUAUAUCUUGACGACUAUGAUGAAGAGGAUCGCGACCUCAAGCGUGGCAAGCCACUAUACCUAAGCCAGGACCGCCUGGAGCUGCUGCAGGCGCAGUGGCUGGCGCACCGGUUCGACCACACGAAGCGGACCUGGGUGUGGCAUCGAGACUCGCUCUGAGCCGACAUUACUUGUACAUAGGUAACGACACGCGUCGAUACUAACUACUAUUUAUUUAUUUCCUCUGGAAUAUUGCAGUAUACACACCGUUUAUUGUAACUGUAUCAUUAAACUACUGUACAGUAGUUGAUGUUUUUGUAGUGGUGAUUGUUAAAACUAGGUGCGACGGUCAAGUGAUCUCAAAUGUAUGAUCGUCGCAUCUCACUCCAGUGGUACCUGUAUGAAGCGAAAUCAUUGGUAUCAUUGAGUACUUUCGAUACAAUUUUAAUGCCACCAGGGCAACCGAAUUCCAGUUUUCAUUCAAUACAUGAUACUAAUGAUGUCGUCUUAAAUAAUUUGAACUUUAAAUACAGGUGUCACGGUGCACUAUUCUAUAUACCACUACUUAAUGUAAUUACUUGCCAAUCAAUGUAGCUUGGUUACAGAGAAUGUACCAAACUUGGACUUAUGUUCCGUAAAUUGGAGUUUUAAGGUGAAAUCAGGGAUUAUUCUCGUCAAUUUGUAAGAUACACGGCAUCUGUUCUACAAGUCGUAACAAACUUGCCUCGAGUCAUCGCCAAUAGACAAACCAAAUUCUCUGUUGGUCUAUAAAAGUCUUUAAUACAAGUUGUAUAGAGUUUAAAGUGAAUUCUGUACAUUUUUCUGAACAACAACUUUUAAUGUAAUUGAAAAUUCUGUCUACGUCAAUGUGAUUAAAAUAGAACACCAAUUAUAUUGUUAUUUACAUUUGUUAUAGAAAGGUAAUUAUUAAUCCAAUGUAAAAUCUACAGUAAAGCCUAAAAUUCAUGCGUCUUCGAUAUAAUACCAUGUAAUAAAAAACAUAGGUUCAAGCAAUAAAGAGUAAAAUAAUAUUAAUAUUAAAUAAUAAUCAAAUGUAUUUUAGAUUACAAACCAUUGUUGCGUCAAUUAAGCCUUGCUCCCAUGCCAAUAGCUAUCUUAAUAAAAUUAUAGAUAUUUACAAAGCAUAUUAAAAUAUUGAUUACCUACUUAUUUACUAGAAUAUUCAAUGAAAUUGCAAAAGCGUAUUUUAAACGUAAGAAAAUAAAGAUAAUAAUGCCUCGUACAAUCAGAUAGUGUCUUACAUUAUAUAUUUAUAAAAUGAGACAGUAGUAUGCAAGAUAAUAUAUAUUUUCAUAUUCAACGUAUUUAGCUUUCCGCUGACCGGAGCUAGGCGCUAGUUACAUUACAUACACAAGAACGUCGCGGCUUGCGUAGCAUACAUGUGAGAACUUUAGUCAUUUCAUUUAGAAGUAUUUUGUAUCAUUACUUUAUUAUAUCUUUACUUUCAUUCACAAAUAUCACAUUGUAUAAUUCAUUUUCAUCUGGUAUUAUUCUAUUUUACAACUAAACGUGUGUUUCGAACGUAUUAUUUAGCUAGGUUACUCUUCAUCCACAUUUUGGUCGACUCAUUUACAUUUUUAUUUAUAGAUCUUUGGUUCAAGAAACAUGUUUGGUCUAAGUAUUUAGAACAUUUAUCACGUGCGCCCUAAAGUCUUAAACUUUAAUAGUUAUAGUUACUAACGUAAAUAUACAAAUGUUUUCAGAGUUUAUCAUUAUAUUAAAAUUGCCUAAAUUUGCUAUCUAGGCAUGUUAGUAUAAAACUACAAAAUUGUAACUUCAAAUUGAACUAAGCAAUAACUAGGAAUAGUUCUACAGAGAGCGUUAUUUGCUUCAACCACAAAUUGUUGGGCAAUAAAUGAAUUAUGUAUAUUUAUCCCGUGGUGAUCCGAGUACUCGCAAAUGUAUACACCAAGUAUCGUACAGUAUGCCUUAUCAGAAUUUAUACAGUUAUUUACACAUUGUACAAGAGAAAAUUAAUUGCAGUACAUAUUAUUAUAUUCAAAUUAUUACUUGUUUUCAUUAUAGUAAUAUGUUAUAGAAGUAAAUUUUAUCUAGUGUUUUAACUGUAUGUUAAUGUUUGGGAGUGCGGCCAGAGAUGGCUCUGAUGUUGAAAUUAUUGUCUGCUCUACAUUCAUUUAAAUUCUCUUGUAUUGUAUAUCUUUCUCUUCAAUAAUUCAUUGUUGACACAUCAAAAGUGUACCCAGUGUUCUCUGGCCACACUCCAUGUAAGUUUGUUGGAAUUUAAGGUGUAUUAAAUUUUAACUUGUGUCUAAUGUUUGAUCAAACUGUUAACCCAGUAACUCAGAGUUUAUGUUAUACUAGCUAAUGGUAACUACGACUUUAUAUUUAGAUAUGAUGAACUUUGCGCACCGCUGAACUUGUAUGAAUUCUAACAGUUUACAGCCCAAAUGUUUGGUCAAACAUUUGAAAUGUGUUGCCAAGAAUGUCAUGGAAAGUAAUAAAUGUUGUCUUGUUUACGAAUAUACGGUCGUUGAAUUAGCUUUCAUUAGUUUUAUGACUGUUAUACGCGGAGGUACCAGCAGGAGCCUCCAGUAUACACUGAGUAGUAUUUAGUGAACAAGACAAACUCUUGAACAUUGUAAAUAUAUCCUUCGACUUCAUUAGGGACGUCCAAUGGGUGUUGUUAGGGCUGUGAAUACGUAUAUUUUAAAUUUUACUCGCUCCUUUGUUGACACGGUUGACGAAUCACUAGAUUUUAAACACGAUUAAAUUAUUAUUUUAUUUUUUUCAUAUUUUUAUAUAGGAAUAUAUUAAAUAGGAUAUUAGCGAGUAGCCGCUUGCGGACUUUCCAUACCUUGUACGGAUUAACUAUACUUCUUCAAAUAUCUUCCAGAAAUAAAGAAAGCAUUGCUUAGAACUUAGAUAGGUGUGUUCUGAGUGCCGUAGUUACUGAGCCACUGCACCGCACGGCUAACAGAGUGUUGACAGAAAGCUAUAUACGCUACAUGUAGUACUGCUUCCCCUCCGUAUCGACAAUAAUACCCUGAAACUAUUGAGGUAUGGUGCUUCAUCUUUCAUUUUAUGUCUUGUGUGCAAUUUGGAUGCUUUUAUUUUGUUCUCCUUGUAUAUUAUUCUCUAAGUCCUCAAAAGUACAUUUUUCUGUUUCAUAAAAUUUAGCGUUUGUAUCUAGUUUUAGUGUUAACUAAAUUGUAGUUAUUAUUAUUAAGCUAUUAUCAUUUAAAAUUUUGUAAUCACAACGAAUUGAUUUUGUAUUUGUAAUGGAAAUUAGGAUGUGGUAGAGGAUCAUCAAAAUUUAUUUUUAGGUAUGUGAGAUGUCAAUGUUUAUUUUUAAUGUUUAGGUUUUUCGUAUUAGAAAGUUAAUUUGCGAAGUGUAUCGUCUAAAUUGCGUAUUAUAUUUUGUUAUAGUAGAAUCCUUUGCUGCCGUAUUGCUCAUGUUACAGUCCACGCGAGGCGACGUGACGCGUGUCUUGUCUGCCCGCGCCCAGUGCCCGCUCCAUAUAAUAUUGUUAAACUUGUGUAUGUAUAUUGUUCUUGUAUAUAUUCAAUCAUUAAAGUUGUUGAUAUUUC